AUGGAAAAACCAAGGCAUCCCUACAGGACGCGAGCAAAUAGAAAGAAUAUGGAAGAUUGGGAAACAACACAAGAGGCCGUGAAAGCAGAUAUCUGUCAACUAAAGGACAAAGUUGGUCAAAUACUGGAGGCCUUGAAGUCCCUAAAGGCAUCAGGAGAAGCUUCGUCGGCAAAGGGUGAGGAAAGUACUUACGACGGUCCUGUUACUUUCCCAGCAUACGGAUUGCCAUCUGGUUACACCCCACUUGUUGGAGAAUAUUCAGAGACUGAGCAUGCUUCCUUCUCAUUCCCAAUCAAUACUCAAGAGAAUGAAACGACUACCUUCACGGGACCCCGAGAGAUUGUAAUGCCCAAGCCUUUAAACACCACUAUCGGUGUUAACUCUUUGGACAAGAUUAAAUCACAUUCUACUAUGCAGGCCGUAUCAACUGAGGUUGAGGGAACCAAAACUAAAUUAGAAAUUUUGGAAAAACGACUACGAGCUAUUGUAGGAGGUGGAAACUAUGGGUUUGGCGAUGUUGCAAGUUUAAGCUUAGUUCGUGAUGUAACAAUACCUCACAAGUUUAAGGUUCUGGAGUUCGAAAAGUACAAGGGUACCACAUGUCCUAGAAGCCAUCUAACCAUGUAUUGUCGAAAGAUGGUUGCCCAUGCUUAUGAUGAAAAAUUACUAAUCCACUUCUUCCAAGACAGUUUGGCUGGGUAG